GCGAAAAAAUAAUACAAAUCUGAGUGAGGUAUCGGUGGCUCGGUUUUCAGUAGGAAUGGAUAAAUUAAACUGUUCUUUUCUUCCACGCUUUCAACCAACCCUUUUAUUAUUGCUAUCGUGUAUAUUUGGGUUGUCACUCGGUACGGAGCUGAGUUUUGUGACAUGCGGUUCAGUCGUUAAACUGUUAAAUCUAAAGCACAAUGUGAGACUACACUCCCACGACGUACGCUACGGGUCUGGUAGCGGGCAGCAGUCUGUAACAGGGGUUACUGCAGUGGAAGACAGUAACAGCUACUGGAGUGUUCGUGGGACAAGUGACGCCUUCUGCCAUCGGGGUACCCCAGUAAAGUGUGGACAGACGAUCCGCCUCACCCAUGUCAACACAGGCCGAAACCUGCACAGCCACUACUUCACCUCCCCGCUGUCCUCUAACCAGGAGGUGAGUGCUUUUGGUGAGGAAGGGGAGGGGGACCACCUGGACGAGUGGACAGUUCAAUGUGGCGGAUCCGUAUGGAAACGCGAGGAGGCUGUCCGCUUCCGUCACAAGGCCACUGACGCGCUACUGUCUGUGACAGGGGAGCAGUACGGACGGCCGAUCCACGGUCAGAGGGAAGUUCACGCCAUGUCGAGCCCCAGCCAGCACAGCUUGUGGAAGGCCAUGGAGGGCAUCUUCAUGAAGCCCAGCGAGAGCCCGGCAGGCAGCCGAGACUACAGUCACCCACACACAGAGUUCUGAGCUUUUCUUCUCCCCUCCUGUCUCUUCUCAUUUUCCUCCCUGUCUACCUCUGUUUUCCUACCUCUGUCCCUAAUUACAUCUGUACCAGCAUCCUCCAAACGCAUCUCUGUCCCCUGCUAUCUUGUCUCAUUCUUCUCUCUCAUUAACCUUUGACUGUCAUCUUUUGAAGAGACUGUGCCAAAGUCUGUCAUGCAUCAGGCUACAAUUACUUCAUCUUAUCAGUCCAACCUCUCUGACAUACAGUAAUGUUUUUUAAAAAAAGAAUUUCAUCUACAAAACAUCUGUGGAGAUUAAUGUGGAAAAGCUAUUGAAUCUUCCAGCAGCUAACAUUAUCUGAAUAACACUAUAAUUUGCCUUAACAGGUACAAGAAUACACAAAGGUGUUAAAAAUGCAGUUUUACUGUGUAUUGUUACUCAUUACUAUGACACUUGGUAACACUUUACAUCCAAGAAGAGGUUUUCCUCUCAGCUGUUAUUUAUUGUUAAAUAACUGCUGUUUUUUUGGGCUAAAAAAAAAAGAACAUUGUUACACUUGUGCCUUUCUCUUGUUUUGUUUUUUUAAAGAAGUAGUAGGUGUUUACAUUGUGGAGCCUUUUAAACCUUGGGAAGCGUAAGAAUUUUGUUGUGUUUUUAUGGUAUUUGUAAGCCAUAUUCUAUUUACACAAUAAUAAGCAGUGUUACUAUGGUAAAAUACCUUUUCUUCCCUUUAAGUCAGAUUCAGUGUAGCAUAUAAAUGAUCCCACACUAACUGACAUGAGAGAAUAAGCAGUUUUGUCUCUGGUGUUUUUUUAAUUUUUAAGUUGCAUCACUUAGCUGGAUGCUGUUUAUUGUCAUCGUUCAAUCGGUUUCCAAGUGCUGGGAGACUGGUUUUACGCUCAUGCUGUCUGUGUAUGCAUGUGUGUUAGAUCAACUCUUAGUUUUAGAGGUUCAUGUGAUCAACAAAGCUGCGAUGAAUACCUCACAUUAAAAAGAUUUUUUUUUUUUUUGCACACCACUGUCAGAGCUCUUUAUUGGAUGUUAUUUGGUCACAACAACAACAUCUGAGAUAAUCUGACUCUGACUCUUCACACUUCUCUCUUUCUGGAUGAUCACUUGAAAUGAAUCUCUGAUGUCGUCAAUGAAUGUCCUGAUCUUGCCUUCAGAAUUUGGCAUCAUAAAUGAACACGAUGCUAAGUGCAGACAAAAAAACGCAGUGCUUCUUUUUUAUUUGUGUCCCCUUUACUUGAUCAUUCAGACUAUAGUUAAGCAAGUUGGAAUUGCCUUGAAAAGUCAAACCCCUUAAUUUUACCCACGGAGAUGAAAACAGACUAAUGGAUUUUGCAAGAGAGGCAAGCUAAUAUGUGCCUGGACCAUUACACUUAGUAUAAUGCCUUGUUUGUCAGCUUAAUGGCAUGUUUUGGUUCAUUAUCUGGUGGUUAAUGGGGUUCAGAUGCAUCGGCUGUGAGGUUCCUCUCUCUCGUGUUUGACCUAUGCUCCCUAUUUUUCAUGAUUUAGAGUGAGCACUGAUGCCAGCGCUGCUCUGCAGGAAACCCCGGGGAACAAGCUGACAAAUGUGUAAAUUCACCUCCAGCCAUCACACACUGCAUCAAGCUAAAAAGAGUUUCAAGAUACAGAUCUAAAUUGUGAAGUCUGACUCUGCUGCUGUUGUGAUUCACAGCUCCUUUUUGUGCGCUCUGCUAAGAGCAUUUGGAAAUUGCAGUGAAGGGCGCUCAGUGAAAACCACGCUGUGUUGUAAUUCUAUUUUUAGGGUUGGUAUUUAAAAUGACACUGCAAUGAUGAUAACAAGUGACACGUACAGGAACAAGCCUAUUUUACACAGAGUUUUAUAUUUAUUAAGAGUCAGUAAAAAUAUUUGUGCUCACCACCUCACUGUCAGCCAAAUGUUAUACGUAAUUUAGAUGCCUCAUUUACGAAUGUUUCUCUCUUAUGUUGCUGGGUAACACUGUUUUGU